AUGACUCUGAGAGAUAUUCAUAAUAUUUCAGCCAAAUUAAACAAGCCAUCUGAUAAUGUAUUACUUGAUGUAAUAAAUCAACUCAGGGAAGAUAAUGGAGCUGUGGUGGAAAUCCUAGAAAAUGAUAGUGAAUUGUUGGGCAUUUACUUUCAAGAUGCUAGCAUGCUCCAUUAUCUUAAAAAUUAUCCUGAGGUGAUAUUCAUUGAUGCUACCUACAAAUUAAACAAUCUAGGUAUGCCACUGUUUAUUCUACUUGUAAUAGAUAGUCAUGGACAAUCUCAAAUUGUCGCUUUAUGGCUUAUGUUACAAGAAUUAAUUAUAUAUUUAUAUAUUUAUCAAGAUGACACAAUUAAAUCAGGACAGAAAAAAUUUCCUAGGUCAAGUGAAAAGUUUCAUUCUAGUACCAUAAAAGAUGAUGAUGAAAAUUUUCAAGAACCAGCUAUUAAAAAUCUAAAGCUUAAUGCGGAAGAAAAUCAUAUGAAGGUUAUGAAUAUACUAAAUUCGAUAGUUGGAGAGGAUUAUAAUUGUAUAAACAAAAAAGAUGAUGGAGUUAAGACACCAGAAAAAGCAUCGAAAAUGCUAGAGCCUAAUGACAUUCGACCUUUUGGUGCCCCGCCGGAGAGGACGGGCAUGGCUCAAAAUGCCGUUUAUGGUACAGAGGUGGAGAUAGUUGCAAUGACAACUAUGCUCCAGACAAAUAUUUUAAUACAUACUAUUUAUAAAUGGGCAUACUAUAUGCCCAUUAAAAAAUUAAGUAAUAUUAAAAAAUUUAAUGUAAAUAUUUAUUUAAUAAAUCAUAGCGAACAUAUUGAUCGCAUAAUUAAUUUUAAUUAAUAUUUAUAUCGCAUAUAGCAUAUAUUAUUUAUAUAGCAUAUAUUAUUUAUAUCGCAUAUAUUAUUAAUUGAUUU